CGUGGAACUUGUGUCAACUUAGACGAGGAGAAAAUUGCGGAUUAUUCCAAGUCAUUCCCAUUUGUUAGAAACCAAGGCCCAUAAAUAGGGGAUUAAUUGUUGUUCUCUUCGAAGAGCCGCCUCCGGGACCUUUCUUGACCCCUAUCCUCGCCCUAGGACUGCAGUUCCGCCCUCCUCCUUCUACGGUUGCUCAAUGGAUACCGCACUCCCUAUUGCUUGUGUUCUAGUCACUGAAAUUCCAUUUUUAGCGAGGAUUGAUGGGAUAGAGCCCACAAACCCUGCUUCUGAUUGGCCCAUCCACCCCGAAGAUAUGUGCAAUAAAAAAGUUAUGACGCCACGCCGCCCAUCCAAUCCAACCUCGCAACCCCGUCCGCAUUCACAAUGACCGACAUGCCACCACCGGCCCGGCCGACCCUCCGCGCAUUCCUAGCCGGCGCCCGCCGCGCCCUCGCCGCGCCCCCCGCCCAGCGCCAAGCCCCGCUGACGCUGGUGGUGGGCAACGAGUCCGCGGACCUCGACUCGCUCUGCUCGACGCUGCUGCAGGCCUACCUCGGCAGCAGGCACGCCCCCAAGCAGCAGCCGCACAUCCCGCUGUCCAACCUGCCGCGCGCAGACCUCUCCCUGCGGCCAGAGCUGGCCGCCGUCCUCCGCCGCGCCGGAAUCCGCCCCGCCGACCUGCUCACCCUGACGGACCUGCCGCCGCCCGAGGACCUGCCCGCCGCGGCGACGCGGUGGCUGCUCGUCGACCACAACGUCAUGACAGGGGAGCUGAGGCGGCGGUUCGGCGGGCGCGUCGUCGGGUGCGUGGACCAUCAUGAGGACGAGGGGGGUGAGUUUCUGGGCGCGGAGGAGGAGGGAGGGGAUGGGGCAGCAGGGGACGAGCCGCGGGUCAUACGCCCGUGCGGGAGCUGCGCGAGUCUCGUGGUAGAACACUCGCGGACUGCCUGGGAGGAGCUUUCUUCCGGGGGGGAGGGCGGGGACAGGGUUGGGGACAUCGAUGCCCAACUGGCGCAUCUCGCUCUGGGGCCGAUCCUGAUCGACACGACGAACCUGACCUCGAAGGACAAGACGACGGACACGGAUGUGCGGGCCGUCGAGUUCGCUGAAGGGCUGAUCAGGCGGGCUGGCGUGGGGUAUGAUCGGGAUGAGUACUUCCGGGAGAUCACUGAGCUGAAGGAGGACCUCUCGCAACUCAGCUACCGUGACAUCUUCCGCAAGGACUAUAAGCAAUGGGUCGACGGGGGGCUCACGCUUGGCACCUCUAGUGUGGCGCAGGGCUUCGGGUACCUGCUUGAUAGGAUUGGCGACAGGGAGGUGUUCCUCUCCGAGCUGAAGAAAUGGUCCGAAGAGCAGAAACUUGACAUCGUUGCUGUCCUGACCACGCUGCACCCGGAUGGCAAGUUUGCGAGGGAAUUGCUGGUGUGGGCCCUCAACGCGGACGCCGUCAAGGUUAUGAAGGCCUUUGCAGACAACAGCAAGGGCGAUCUGGGCCUGGGACUUUGGCAGGAUGGGAAGCUUGACCAUCCGGAAGGGCAGGACGAGUGGAGGAUGUGCUGGCGUCAGAGCAGAAUCGAACACAGCCGUAAGAAGGUGGCGCCGAUGUUGAGGGACGCGAUGAGACAAGCUUCGAAAUGA